AUACUACCAGUUAUAUUUCACAAUCUUAAAGGUUAUGAUGCUCAUUUGUUUAUAAAACAACUUGCUUGUUUACCAGGUGAGUUAAAUUGUAUUCCAUCUACGGAAGAAAAAUAUAUUUCCUUUUCAGAAAAGAUUAAGGUUGGUGAGUAUAAAGAUAAAUAUACUGGAAUAAUUUUACCAAUAAAUUUUGAAAUAAGAUUUAUAGAUUCAUUCAAGUUUCUUCAAACAUCACUUGCCAAUCUUGUUUCAAAUCUACAACCAGAUGAUUUCCAUAAUACAAAAAAAAUAUUUAAGAAGGAUGUAAAAUUAUUAACUCGUAAGGGAGUUUAUCCUUAUGACUAUGUUUCAUCACUCGAAAAAUUAUCUGAAACACAACUUCCACCAAAAGAGGAAUUCUAUUCAAAACUGAAUGAUGAAGAUAUAAGUGAUGAUGAUUAUCAACACGCUAUUAAUGUUUGGAAUACUUUUGAGUGUAAAACAAUUAGAGAUUAUCAUGAUCUUUACCUUAAGUCUGAUGUUCUACUUUUGGCAGAUGUUUUUGAAAACUUUAGAAAAACUUGUCUCAAACAUUACAGAUUAGAUCCAGCACAUUAUUACACAUCUCCUGGACUAGCUUGGGAUGCAUGUCUUAAAGAGACAGGUCAAAAAUUACAGUUACUACAUGAUUAUGAUAAGUUAAUGAUGUUUGAGCGUGGUAUUCGUGGAGGAAUAUCCCAUAUUUCAAAAAGAUAUGCGGAAGCAAAUAACAAAUAUAUGAAAGAUUAUAAUCCUGAUAAAGAGUCUACUUAUACUCAAUAUCUUGAUGCAAAUAAUCUAUACGGUUGGGCAAUGUCACAACAACUUCCAACACAUGGAUUCAGUUGGAUGAAAAAUAUAACAAAAGAAAAAGUAAUGGACAUCCUAGAUAAGGCAAAUCAUAGUAUGUCAAAUCGUGGGAGAAAAGGAUAUAUAUUUGAAGUUGAUUUGGAAUAUCCUAAAAAGCUAUGGAAAUCACAUAAUGACUAUCCUCUUGCACCUGAGAAGAUGAUUGUUAAUGGUGUUGAAAAACUUAUAUGUCAUUUUAAACCCCGAAAAAACUAUGUUGUACAUUAUCGUAAUCUUAGACAAUAUCUUGAGAUGGGAAUGAGGCUUACUGCUGUUCAUAGAGGAAUAUCAUUUUACCAAUCUUCUUGGAUGGAGCCUUACAUAAGAAAAAUUACAGAACUUCGAAAAACAGCAGCUAACAGUUUUGAGAAAGACUUUUUCAAACUAAUGAAUAAUUCUGUAUUUGGAAAGACAAUAGAAAACAUAAGGAAAAGACAGAAUAUAAUUCUUAUUGAUGAUCGUAAAAAAGCUGCAAAACUAACAAGUCGUCCAAACUUUGAUAGAGCAACAAUAUUUGAUAAAAAUCUUAUUGCAGUUCAUAUGAAGCGUACAGAAGUGUAUUUUAACAAACCAGUAUAUGUUGGUCACGCAAUUGUAGAUUUAUCAAAAACAUUAAUGUUUGAUUUUCAUUACAAUUAUAUCAAAAAGAAAUAUCGAAAUAAAGCUGAGUUAAUGUUUACAGAUACUGACUCACUUUUAUACCAAAUUCAUACGGAUGAUUUUUACAAAGAUAUAUCCUAUGAUAUAUUAGAGAAGUUUGACACAUCUGAUUAUCCACCAAACCAUCCAUCUGGAAUACUAACAGGAGUUAACAAAAAAGUAAUAGGAAUGUUUAAAGAUGAAGUAGCUGGUAGACAGAUUACAAAAUUUGUUGGCCUUCGUCCAAAGCUUUAUACUUUCAAGAUAGAGGAUGGAAGUUUAACAAAAAAGUGUAAAGGUGUAAAGAAAAAUGUUGUAAAAAAGGGAAUAGAAUUUGAAAAUUAUGUUGAGUGUUUAUUUACUGGUGAAAAGCAAAUGAGAACUAUGAAAAUUAUAAGAAGUGAAAAUCAUGACAUUUAUUCAAAGGAAGUAAAUAAAAUAGCUUUGAGUAGUGAAGAUGAUAAGCGCAUUGUAUUGGAGGACAAAGUAGAAACUCUUGCUUUAAGAUAAAUAAGAUAUAAAUAAUAAAUGACAUAUACAGAAGAUCAAAUAAAAAAAUAUCUAGAAAUAUUACAUAAUUAUACUAAAAAACCAGUGGAUGUGAGUAGAAAAGUUAGAUGUAGAAAUUGUCAAAGUGAUAGUUUCUUAGUUGAAUCAGGUUAUAACAUUUGCGAUUACUGUGGUACAACUAAUGGUCAUGUUCUUGAUUAUUUUGACUUGAAAGAAUACGAUCGAUUUCAUUUUCGAAAAAAGAGUAUUUAUCAGGGAAAGUAUCACUAUGAAAAAAAGGUUGAUCAAGUUUCAAGAAGACUACAUCUAACUGAGGAUGAAAAGUAUGAAUUAUAUAGUAAACUAAUGGUAAUAGACAAACAUGUAAUGGAAAUAAUAAACAAACAAUUUUGUCGGAAGAGAAUGAUAAGCAUUUUUUAUUUAAUCAAAAAACUUUUGGAGGAAAUGGGUUGUGAAAAGUAUAAACUAGUUUAUCUAAAGAUUUCUACCCAAACUAUGGAGAAUUAUGAAAAGUGGUGGAGUAGUUACAAAUCACUCCUUUGUGAAAGCACCAGUAAAUAA